AUGACUCAAAUUAUGUUUGAAACUUUCUCAGUUCCAGCUAUGUAUGUUGCUAUUCAAGCUGUCUUGUCCUUGUAUGCUUCUGGUAGAACUACUGGUAUCGUUUUGGACUCUGGUGAUGGUGUCUCCCACACUGUUCCAAUUUAUGAAGGUUAUGCUUUGCCACACGCCAUUUUGAGAUUGGAUUUGGCUGGUCGUGACUUGACUGAUUACUUGAUGAAGAUUUUGAUGGAAAGAGGUUACUCAUUCAACACUACUGCUGAAAGAGAAAUCGUCAGAGAUAUCAAGGAAAAGCUCUGUUAUAUUGCUUUGGACUUUGAAGCUGAAAUGAAGGUUGCUGCUGAAUCAUCAUCUGUUGAAAAGUCAUACGAAUUGCCAGACGGUAAUGUCAUUACUGUUGGUAACGAAAGAUUCAGAUGUCCAGAAGUUUUGUUCCAACCAAACUUCAUUGGUAUGGAAGCUGCUGGUGUUCAUGAAACUACUUUCAACUCCAUUGGUAAAUGUGAUAUUGAUAUCAGAAAGGACUUGUACGGUAACGUUGUCUUGUCUGGUGGUACUACUAUGUUCGAAGGUAUUGCUGAAAGAAUGACCAAGGAAUUGACUGCUAUGGCUCCAGCCUCCAUGAAGAUUAAGGUUGUUGCUCCACCAGAAAGAAAGUACUCUGUCUGGAUUGGUGGUUCCAUCUUGGCUUCAUUGUCCACUUUCCAACAAAUGUGGAUCACAAAGGAAGAAUAUGAGGAUGCCGGCCCAGGUAUUGUCCACAGAAAGUGUUUCUAA